UAUCCCUUGUAUCUUACCUACCAAGAAAACAUGACCCCAAAGUUUAUACUCACACACCAUUAUAUAUUCCCAGGCAACUUAUAAGCAAAUCCCAUGUAAAAUAUAAACCAAUACAUAUUUUCACCAUCUCCACUAGCUAUGUACCGAACACUCAGCCACCUCAAUUGACGCCAGAACGAAACUCACUUUUCCAUCCGGUUUUAUCGCCUAAGAUUGUUACAAAUAUAAUAAACAAGCUGGGAUAUCUUAGGAACUUUACAAUCAAUUAAGGUUAGCAGGGAUGGUGGGAAAAUGUGAAGAGAGCUAAAAUAAACAAGUUGGAAACUUAGUGUGUAGUUUUAAUAAUGUAUGAAAUAAAUUAUUAGGAAUAAAUCUUUUGUAAACUCGUUUGGAUAUUAUUAAAAUAAGCCCUUUUGUAUCUGAUUCUGUAAUAGUGACACGUCAGCCCAGAGCCGGGCUGGGAUGUUACAGUUAUGGUAUCAGAGCUUAGGCUCUUUCCUGUAGAAAACUUAAACAUUAAAAAUAAUCACACCUGUGAGUUAAUGGGUAGAAACUGGGAUAGGAAAUCAAAUCUUUCGUUUUGUCUUUAUCGUCAUUCUUACAUUAUCUUUCCUUCCAGAUGCCUCCUCUAAGAUCUGUUCGUCGGAAAUCAGGCUCUUCUAAACGACGUAAUUUUGAUAAAGCCUUCCAGCGUGCUUUCGAAAGAAUACUGCCUAAUAUUCUACAGACUGUUGACCAACACGUAUAUAACACGAUUCCUCCUCCACCUCCAACUCCACCUCAUAUAUCACCUCCUUCAUCUCCCCAUGUUACUCCUCCUACAUCUCCACCAAGAAACAACAAAGUGGAAAACACUGAUACUAAACCGUCUGAAGGGAUUCAUAUUUGGAAUGAGAGAUUCCAAAAGCAAAAACCAAGAUCAUUCAGCAAUGCAGCCAAGCCAGUGGAUGCUAGCAACUGGAUAGCACAUGUGGAAAAGAUAUUUGCAGUCCUCGAUGUAGAUGAUAUAUUUAAGACAAGGUUGGCAUCAUACAAGCUAGAAGAUGACUCUCGUAUAUGGUGGGAAGGAGUUAAACUUGCUAACGGGGAAAUGGGUUUGCUCCUACUCUUCCUUGGGCCGAUUUUCGCACCAUAUUCUUCAAGCAAUAUUUUUCCGAGGUAGAGAAAAAUGAGUAUGCUAGAGAAUAUGCAUCUAUCGAGCAGCGGGAUAAUGAACCAUGGUCAGAAUUCAUGGCUAGAUUCUGUAGACUGGCUAGAUUUCUCGGGGCGGCUGCUGGAACACCAGAAGUACAAGCAGAAAAGAUGAAGUGGGCAGUCUGUGAAAAGAACAGAAGAUGGAUAAUAACACAAAAUUUCAACAACAUUACUGAGGUUGCAGAUGCUGUUAAAACAUUGGAAAUAGAAGAUAAGAAAAGAUGGGCUAAAUCUGAGGAGAACCGCAAGAGAAACCGUGAUGACAACCGCAUCAUAACUACUGGGCAGUCAUCCAAUCAAAACCACUACAAUGGAGAUCGAAGAAACCAAUUCACGCGUAACCAUAACAACCAAAAUAAUCAAUGGCAACCAAGAAACCAAACUUUCAAUCAUGCUCAACAACCCCAACCCUAUAUGGCCCCUAGUAGGACUCCACCUGUCAACCGUCAAUCUAACAACAAGAACCAAAAUCAAAUCCCUGUAUGCAAUAUAUGCGGUAAUCGUCAUCAAGGCGUAUGUCGUCGGGCAUUGGGAGCUUGCUUUAGAUGUGGAGCGACUGAUCACAUGAUUAAGCAAUGUCCGAAGCCUGACCCUAAAGGAACUAAUGUUGGGAAUACUGCUCGACCCACUGCUGGAGGGCGAGUGUUUGCUUUGAAUACUACAGAGACUUCAAAUGCACAAGGUUUGCAGGGAUGGUGGGAAAAUGUGAAGAGAGCUAAAAUAAACAAGUUGGAAACUUAGUGUGUAGUUUUAAUAAUGUAUGAAAUAAAUUAUUAGGAAUAAAUCUUUUGUAAACUCGUUUGGAUAUUAUUAAAAUAAGCCCUUUUGUA